AUGUCUGCCAGUGGACAGAAGUCGAUAGCUACCCGGCCGGGAUUUUGCGCGUUUUUGAAGGAGGUAUUCAAUUGGUAUCCAUCUUCGUACCCAGCUGAAGAAAGAAAAUUGUUGUUCAAGCUCGAUGUUUCAAUCCUUGUAUUCGCUUGCCUAUGUUUCUUCGUGAAAUAUCUCGAUCAAACCAACAUCAGCAAUGCUUAUACGAGUGGUCUUAAGGAAGACUUUGGUCUAUACGGCAACCAGCUUAAUUACUUCAAUGUUUGCUACUAUACCGCAUACGUCGUAUUCCAGGUUCCUGGACUACUUCUGAUGUCACGUCCAAAAUUGGCUCGAUGGCUGCUUCCUGGACUUGAAGUUUUGUGGGGAAUUUGCACAUUUGCCCAAAGCCGAGUGACAAAUGUCGAACAGUUGUAUGCAUUGAGGUUCCUCGUUGGAAUGCUGGAAGCUCCUGUAUUCGCUGGAACACAUUUCAUUCUUGGCUCCUGGUAUUCAGGCCCCGAACUUUUCAAGCGAGCAGGUACCUGGUUUAUCUGUAACCCGCUUGGAAGCAUGGUUAGUGGAUACCUUCAAUCCGCUGCUUAUACCAAUCUCUCCGGAGUUGGAGGUAUGCCUGGUUGGAGAUGGCUGUUCAUCAUUGAUGGAAUCUUCACUAUUCCAGUGGCAUUGAUAGGCUUUAUCAUUUUCCCGGGGAUUCCAGAUUCGUCUCGCCCAUUCUACCUGACAGAGAGUGAUAUCUCUUUGGCCAAGGAACGAAUACGUAGAGCAGAGAUUCGUCGCCCUGGGAAGUUGAGUCUUGAUGUGUUCAAGCGAUCUCUGAAACGGUGGCAUAUCUGGGUCUUCAUUACUAGUUAUGCAUGCAUGAUCAUUUCAUCAUACCCUGGAUCAUAUAUGAACCUUUGGCUUAAAGCAGAAGGAUAUUCAGUGACCCAAAUCAAUAAACUACCUACAGUGAUCUAUGCCAUCCAGAUUGUUGCAUCCUGGCUGGGGACAGCUGUUGCUGCGAUCUACCCGUCUUGGAUCAUAUACACAAUUGCCACGCUUGGGUGUCUCUUCUCAACACUAUGCAUGAUUAUCUGGAAUAUCCCGACAGGAUUGAAGUUUGCUGCGUGGUACAUGCUCGGUCUUUCGGGCUGCCUUAGUCCGAUCCUCUAUUCAACUGUCAAUACUAUCGUGAAGGACGACUCUGAAGAGCGAGCAUUGAUUUUGGGAUCAAUGAUGACAUUUGGAUACUCUUUCCAGAUCUGGGUUCCCCUUCUUGUCUUUCCAACUUCAGGUCACUAUGGUGCACCGCAAUGGAUCAAAGGGUGGCCGGUGGCAUUUACAUUCUAUACCUUACUCUGGGCUGGAUUUAUUACUGCUCUUGUCCUGUAUCGAAGGUAA